UCCAUAAAAAUAAUUCAACAGGCUUUGGAAGGAAUUCCAGGGGGGCCCUAUGAAAAUUUCGAAAUUCGCUGCUUUGAUAGAGAAAAGGAGGCAGAAUGGAAUGAUUUUGAAUAUCGAUUCAUUGGUAAAAAAUCGUCUCCUACUUUUGACUUUCCGAAACAAGAACUUUAUGUGAGAAUUGAGGCCCCCAAGGGAGAAUUAGGAAUUUUUCUAAUAGGAGAUCAUAAUGGUUUUCCUUGUAGAUGGAAAAUUCGUCCACCUGGUUUUAUCAAUUUGCAAAUUCUUCCUCAAUUAGUUAAAAGAAUGAAAUUGGCUGAUAUUAUGACAAUACUAGGUAGCAUAGAUAUCAUUAUGGGAGAAGUUGAUCAUUGAAAUGAUAAUUGAUACACCGAAAGUCCAAGAUAUAAACUCCUUUUCUGGAUUGGAAUCUUUCAAAGAGGUCUAUGGAAUUCUAUGGAUACUUGUACCAAUUUUGAUUCUUGUCUUGGGAAUCACACUAAGUGUACUAGCCAUUGUAUGGUUAGAAAGAGAAAUAUCUGUAGGGGUACAACAACGUAUUGGACCUGAAUAUGCUGGUCCUUUUGGAAUUCUUCAAGCUCUAGCAGACGGAACAAAACUACUAUUCAAAGAGAAUCUUAUUCCAUCUAUGGGAGAUAUUCGUUUAUUCAGUAUCAGACCAUCCCUAUCAGUCAUAUUCAUUCUAAUAAGUUAUUCAGUAGUUCCCUUUGGCUAUAACUUUGUUUUAUCUGAUUUCAAUAUAGGUGUUUUUUUAUGGAUUGCUAUUUCGAGUAUUGCUCCCAUUGGACUUCUUAUGUCAGGAUAUGGCUCAAAUAAUAAAUAUUCCUUUUUGGGUGGUCUACGAGCGCUGCUCAAUCGAUUAGUUAUGAAAUACCAUUAACUCUAUGUGUCUUAUCAAAAUCUCUAC